CUUUCGGUGAAGUGCGCACAUUCAGUAAUGUUGUGUGCCGACGGAGACCGCGGCGAUCGAGAGAAAGCAUGAACAAGAGUGGUGAUGGAAAUGGAGCACGAAUGUAGUCAGACUACGGUACAUCGACACUGGACACGAGUAAUUGCGUUGUACCUCAGCCGCUGUCCGUGUAAUUGCCUGCAUCUCGUCCAUCCGGCGUCCCCAUAAUUACGCAGGAAUCAGCCUCGAUCAUUGACCAAGCGCAGUCACAAAAGACAUACCCCGUUCUAAGCCCUUCAAUUGUGGCUACAUACCGAGAUUAUUUCCGAGUAUGCUCGGAGCAUGCUGAACACCCCGGUAAUUGCGAGACCCUUCAGCUUCUUGGUCGUAUCUUCACCGUGCGCACGGCCGCUGUCUAAUUUUUUGUUUCCUCUCUACCUUGACAUCAUUCGUGACUCUAUGUUGCGUGAUUGUUUUACAUUUAGCUGCGACAAGAUUGGAGACGCCAAUCUUAUCGCUUUCGGGACUGGGUCACCGGUAACCUCAGAGUACUGAUACUAUUGCGGUGCGCCUUUUUGAUGCUUGAACUGCUCCCAUGACGUAGUGCUUGUUCUACUGGUAUGACCUGUAUCGUGGCAGACUCAAAUGGGUGUCAGAGGAAGACAGCAAGGAUGGCAUACUUCCUCGCCGCCAGAAGCCAGUCCGUAAGUCCUUACACUCGCAGACGAUAGCCCUUAUCGGUAUGAGCGUGGGCUAACCGCCGGGUACUCGGAACAUGGCUUACUAUCUACACUGAUUAUGCCACAAAAGAUGAGAUUCCAGUUGGGAUUGCAAUUUUGCUACAUCUGACAAAGUCUGAAAGAAGCUUAGUAAGGAAGCUGACGAGAUUCACGCCACCAUUUCAUUAUUGACUAUGCUGACUAUUGUGUGGCUGACAGGCCCUGCGAUCGUAAUUAGGGCUCCAGCAAUGCAACGUGCUGGAUAUCUGACUAACAACGCGCUCCGCUAUGUCCCCAGCGAUCAGCCCUUAUCCAACAACGCAUUUCCAAGUCGCCGAAUCCGAGCCACUUCCAACUCGCCCAUUGGACGUACUGUUCUACGUUGGCGUAGGAGUUGUCGCGGUAAUACUAGUCUGGUUCUCUAUCUAUAUAGCCAUGAAGAUCUACGCCCUGCUAGGCGGUCCUAGGUGUUGGCUAGGCCGCUACAUGCAUUGGAAAGCAAGACCGAACAGCCUUUCGAUUAGUACAGGAGAAGAAGACGCUUCCCAGCUCCGAACUUCCGAACUCUCUGGGAGCUACAGUCCCUACCUUAACUCUUCGGACGCCGGCUCCGAAGGACUGAUCAGUCCGGGAGGCAAGUUUCAAGGCCUUGGAAUCGACUUUGGCGAUGCCUCUCCAAUUGCAGAGUUAGAUCAGCAAUACGGUGGACCUGUGAACGCACCGGAACCGCUCGCGCGAUGAGCAUCUACUUGGAGUCGACUGUCAAUGUUGCGAGACAACUUGUUGGUGGUUUGAGGCGGCAUGCGAUCCGAUCCGAAGAGAGUUGGGCUAAGCAAUGGAUAGAGAAACACAGCGUUGUGAUGCAUCCAAAUAUUUCCCAAUUUCUUUGAAUGCGAAUACAGAGCAUUAUUCUGUCUCGC